CUCGAAGGAACAUAUCUUGCGUUAUAUUAUUUGUCACCUUUAUACUCUCGCCUACAUCACGUACUCUGCUUGACGGGGGGUGUUACAGAGCCUCCAUGCAACACGCAGCGCAACUUACGUCCCGUCCCAGACAUGGGAAUCGACGUAUUAUGUCUAUUAUGCUUCCUGUAGGUGCUAGAAUGUACUCAUCGGAGCGAAGUCAUUUGACCCAAGGGUCGCACGAAUGUCGCACGUCCGAGGCGUUUCAUGCGACCCUUUUCCUGCCGCAUCCAAAAGAAAACAUCGAUGACCUAAGAGCUGUCAGGCGCUGCAUGAAGCUCCGUCGCCCGGCGAUUCCGGCCUUCCUGCUACUUCGCAACAGCCUCUCCCGCCGACUCUACAUUCCACACAUUCGCUGCCAUAUACUUUUGACCUGACGCCAUAUACACAGCUCACCGUCGCCAGACAGCACAAACAAUUAGGUACCUGUUUAAUCCUCCGCGUCAAAACGAUUUGCAGCAAUAUGGCUUCCUCGGUCCUGGUUAGGCGCUUGGGUGCCCGAGCGGCAACGCUGACGUGCACGCUGCUAGUGCUAGGCUUCCUUUUGCCCACCACCGGCGCCGCUGGAUUGGAUCGCAGGGCCAGCCGCCGAGCGCUGUUGCAAGUGCCCGCUGCCGUCACCGGCCCACCGCCCGGCGCUCCCAACGCGACGGACCUAGCGGUGGAGUCCCUCAACUCCACCGGCACGCAGGCCGCCCUCGCCGCCAACCGCACCGCCCUCGCAACCAUCUUUGCGCCCACGGACGCUGCCUUCGCCGCGCUCGCCACCUCCCUCAACCUGAGCUCCCCGCUUGACCUCUUCAACGCCACCUACAACGCCACCGCCGCCAACAUCACCGCGCUGCACGUGAUUCCAGGCGAGGCCCUCACCUCCGCCAACCUAACCGCCGGCGCCAACAUCACUGCGCCCUCGCUGCUGGGCUACAACCUCACCGUCGCCAAGCUGCUCAACGGCACCGUGACAGUUACUGUGCCCGGCAGCGCCAUCGUGGGAACCGUUCUGACGCCGGACGUGCCGUACAAUGGAAGCAUCGUCCACAUCAUCGACAAGGUGCUGCUGCCGCCCGCCAACGAGACCACCUCCUGGGCGAUUCCGCUGACGGCGGCUCCAUCUGCACCCUGAGGAAUGGCAGGCACCGCCUCCCUCCCUAGCGGAGCAAGAGCCUGCAGGCGGAGCGAAGAGUAAGAGGAAGGGGCGGCAUGAUGGUGGGCUAAGGGGUUGCUGCCAGUUGCCACGUACACGCAAGAUCUCUGCCGGGUUGCUGAAGGGAGGAAAGGCGCUGAAUGCGCGGCUGUCGUGGCGGCAGGUGCAUGCAGGGCGUGCGGCCGUUGCACCAGGUGUGCCUGAGUGUGGUUAACUGCUGCUGGUAUGUGUUGAGCUGGCAGGCUGCUGCCGGGCGUCGUCCUCAACAGUUCCGGUGUUGAUGCAGAUGGUGUCCAGUUGUCAUGGUUGGUUUGCGGGGUUGGUUUGCUGCUGUCGUAGUCGUUGACACUUGUUGUGGGUAAUAUCAAAUCCGAGUGUUGGCUGGAUCCCCGCUGUCGAGUUUAGUAAUUGAUGUCGUGCACUGUUGUCGUACUUUUGUGCAUGCUGGUUGAUCACCGUAUGCUGUUGUUGCAGUGUAGCUGAUAAUAACGGUUGUUUUCAAUGGAAGUUGUGCUGGUAUAUUGAAAUGAGGGCGAUAGGAACGCUUAUCGCAGCGUUGGGGGCAGAAGGCGUCAGAUGACCCAUGGGUCGCGCCGCAGCCAGCAGCAGGGCGGUCCGGCGGGCGGGCCAACGCAGCUCUUCAUUGAUGGGGCGCUGUUACGGUGCAGCAGGUGUGUUGACUGGCGUGCUAGCAUAUGCGAGCUUGCAUGUUCACGCUUUGUGUGCGUUAGUUGCAGUUGAUGAGGAAAGCAACUGCGAGCUGUGCAUUUUGGCUAUCCGCUAGGGUCAACUGCCGGGCUAGGGUCACGCCUCGCGUCUUUCGGGGCUUGCUCUGCCCUGCCUGGUUUGUUUGGACUGGCUGUGAUUGGAUUGAGCUGCGACGGGGAUUGAUGUGUCGGGCCUAACGAGUGCCCAAUGAAUGUGCCCUGUGUGUCGCUGGCUGUCGGAGCCGUUGAUUUGGCCUGUUGCCGGCUCGCGUCCCCGUCCGGACGUCGUCGAAUGCCACCGCGACGCCGCUCGUCGAGCCUCAUCUGGCAACACCGCAGAUCGACCGGUCCCAAUCCAUUCCCUAACGCUGCCGCAGUACUAUAAUGGUAAUGAGGAGUUUGCUUUGAAGGCUGUUAGUACCAAUUGUAACAUGAAUGCGUG